GGUUAAUUGCAUGAAAAUACACGAACUUUAGUCAUUUUUCCAUUCUGCACACGAACUUUAAAAUUUACAUUUUAAACCAUGAACUUUGAAUUCGUUCCAAUUUUUCCUUAAAAUUCAUUUCCGGUCAUCGGAAAUCUUACGUGUCCUUAAUAGUGCCAGUUGGAUGUCUGACGUGUCACGACAAACACGACGUCGUUUUAAUCGCGGUUGUCAAAACACCGCGUUUAGGCAUGUGACGACGUCGUUUUACAUAAGUCUUUCGAAUUAAUCUCUUAGAUUAGGGCAUUUGCAAUUUUACAACUGUAAAAACUAAGGAGACGCCAUUUUCACCGAGGGUUGAAGGUCAACAGCUACAAGGAGAUCCUUGACGAAGAGGUGGUCCCAGCUUUGGUGUAAUACUUUAACAUCAAUGGCAGACAGUGACGACGAAUUUGGGAUUUAUAUACAUCAUGGGGGGAAAUUUACUACCGUGGGGUGUGCAAGAAUGUAUCUUGGGGGUAAGGCAGAUCUCAGCAUGCAAGAUAGGGAUAGAUUUGGUUUCUUUGAUUUAGAGGAAUUAGUGCGUGAAUUUGGGUAUGCGAGGUGGGAUUGCCUUGCUUGGAAAGCACCUAGGACACUUGCAUUUUUUGACAUACACAAUGAUGCUGAUGUUAUGAAAAUGCUUAAUAUAAGUCUGUGCAAGAAUAAAUUUUGUAGUGUGUACGUAGACAAGGGUGAAUUGGGUAGUGAUAAAACUGUUGAACAGGGGAGUGAGAAGCCUUUGCAAUUGGGGAAAGAGAAGCCAUUAGAAAUGGGGAAAGAGAAUGCAGGUGAAGUGGAGAAAGGGAAGACAGUAGGAAAGGGGAAAGAGAAGUUGAGUAGACCCGAGAAGAAGAAGGUGAAUAAGCCAGUGGGAACUUCUCCCAUUACUAGAAGUAAGAAGGUUAUAGAUGAAGGACAAGGUACUGUUUCAGUAAGAACCUCUCCUAUAACUAGAAGUAGGAAGGUGUUAGGAUUGGGAGAGAAUAGUUUGCCAGUGGAGACUACACCCAAGAAAAAGGGUAAGGAGAAGCAGGUUACUAGAACUUUAGUUGAUGAGCCUAUUAUAGAAACAGACCCUGAGGAUAGUGAUUACAUUCUUCCUGAGGAUGGUGAACAGUAUGAAAUAGAUGAUUCAUUAGGUGACAAUGAACUGGGCUCUGAUGAUGAAGAGUAUAGGGAUGCUAGAUUGAACCUAAGACUAGUGGAAGGGGUAGUACAAGAAAGAGAAGAGGGAGACUUGCCAGAUGAUGUAUCUAUGAGUGAGGGUGGGAGUGCUGAUCCAAGGGGUAGUAACACUGAAGGAGAUGGGGGAAUGCUAUCUGAUUACAUUGUAUCUGAUGGAGAUGUGGUGUCUGAUUCCACAGAUGAAGAAGAAGGACCUAAGAGAUUGCCUAGAAUCAUGUAUGACCCUAGGUGCAAUCACAAGGACUUGAUAGUACAGAUAGGGCUAAGGUUUGAAAAUGGUUAUCAAUGCAAAGAAGCUCUUAGAAGCUGGGCUAUACUGAAGGGUUAUCCUAUUCGGUUUAGGAGAGUUAGUAAAAAACAACUAGAUACUAAGUGUAGACCACCAUGUAUCUGGAGGUGCUAUGGGUCUGACAUCAAAGACCAAUGUACUUUUGCUGUGAAAGUGCUUGUUGGUGAGCACACCUGCCUUUUUGACAUUCACAACAAGUUGGCAGAUUACAAGUGGUUAGCAAAGCAAUACAUUGAGGUUUUCAGAUUGAGGCCCUGCAUGCAGGUUCAGGAGAUGGCAUUGGAUGUCAACACUAGAUUCUCUAUACAACCCUCUUUGGGGAGACUGUAUAGGGCAAAAGCUCAUGCUUUAGAGCUCUUAAGGGGGUCAGUUAAGAAACACUACAAUUCAUUGAGGUCUUAUAUGUCAGAGUUGAUGAGGGUGGAUAAAGAAGGGAGGUUUGAGCUUCUAUUAGGUGAUGAUUCAGUAUUUAGGGGGCUUUAUAUUGGCUUCAGUGCAUUAAGAAAGGGGUUCAUGGAAGGAUGUAGGAGAAUAAUAGGACUUGAUGGCUGUUUUCUGAAAACCUAUUUGGGUGGACAACUUUUAUGUGCAGUUUCUAAGGAUGGAAACAAUCAGAUGUUUCCAGUAGCCUGGGCUGUUGUAGAGGCUGAAAACGAAGAGUGUUGGAGCUGGUUUAUAAAAAUCUUGCUUGAGGACUUGGGUGUCACAGAUGGUUUGGGGAUCAGCUUCAUAUCUGAUCAACAGAAGGGACUACAAAAUGCAGUGGCAAGUCUUGCACCAUUUGCUGAACAUAGAAAUUGUGCAAGACAUGUCUACUGUAACUGGAAGAAAACACACAAAUGAGCAACACUAAAGAAUCUUUUUUGGAGAGCAGUACGUGCAUCAUAUCAACAUGAGUUUGACUUAGCAAUGGAGGAGAUGAAAGCUGAGAGUCAGGAAGCACACACAGAUUUUAUGAACAGGGAAUACCACAGGUUUUGUAGAUGCUUUAUCUCUACACAUUGUCUAUCUGAUAUGGUUGAUAAUAAUGUCUCUGAGACAUUUAAUGGCUAUAUAGUGAAAGCUAGGGCUAAGCACAUAAUCACCAUGUUAGAAGACAUUAGAGUUGCUUUAAGGGGGAGACAGUACAAAAAGCUGGGGUUGGUGACUGAUAGUACUGAAAAAAUAUGCCCAAACAUAAGAAAAAAACUUGACAAACUGAGAUAUGAUGCCAGAAUGUGCCAAGCCUAUCCUGGUUUAGGUGGCAAAUUUGAAGUAAGCUGUUAUGAUGAUAGGUUUGUGGUUCAGUUAGGUGAAAAGCAUUGUAGUUGUAGGCAGUGGGAUAUCAGUGGGAUACCUUGCAAGCAUGCCAUAGCAGCCUUGCAUUUUAUGAAGGAGGAACCCACAGAGUAUGUGCAUGAAUGCUACUCUGUGGAGAAAUACUUGAAGGCUUAUGCAUAUGGCUUAGAGCCUAUCAAUGGGGAAAAAAUGUGGCCAAAGGGUGUUGGUUAUCCAGUGCAACCUCCAUUGAUUAGGGCUAUGCCAGGAAGACCAAAAAAGAAGAGGAGAAGAGAUGUAGAUGAGAGGGAUCCAAACAACAACACAAGGCUGAAAAGAAUUGGGAUUAAGAUGACAUGUCAAAAUUGCCUUCAAGUUGGUCACAAUGCAAGGUCUUGCAAAAACGAAAAGGUGGUCAGAGAAGAAGGAAAUCAGGUUGGAUUAUUAACUUAAAUUUGUAAUCUGCCAUUGUCUUAAUUUUCUUACAUGAUAAAUGAUUGAAUUUUACAGAAGCCAAGAGGUAGGCCAAGGAAGCAUCCUCUCACAUGCAGUGAGAGGCCUACAAAGGAGAGGAAGCGGCGCACCACAAAGAAAAAUGCUACAUCAGCCAUGAAUGAAGACACUGCUCCAACUCCUACCUCAACUGAUCCUGCUUCUACUGGUCCAGCCCCCACCUUACAUUCAACAACACAUGCAAAUGCUUCCACAAGCACAAUCAUGAAAGAAAGAAACACGGCCUUAAAAGGACUUGGGGUAUAUGUUGCUCAAGGGACAGGGAACAUAUAUGUCAAUAUGUCUUCAAGGAGUGCCCGAGGAACUUUCGUGCCACCUCGUCCCAACACAAGGUCUACAACCAGUGGAAGCCAAGCAUCUGGAGUAGGAUCCUCCAACACACAAUCUGCUCCAACUGCCCCAACAGGGUCCGCUCCAACACAAGAAUCACAAGGAACCUAAGCACUAGAUCAGUCCAUUUUGUGUUUGUAAAAUGUUGAUGAAACAAAUUCAGUGACUGUUUGCAAAUGUUAUGUACUUUUAACUUAUGAAUACUGUUGUGUUUUUUGGUUGGCAGAUCAUCUUCUAUCAAUGAAUCCUUAUUUCAGUCAC